UCGAUUCACUUGGGACAGGGAAGGUUCCGGAGAUCUUCGCGCAUUCUGACGGCAGGUAGGGCGCCACAAGUCACAAUGUCUCAGCUGGAAUCUAGCCAAGGGGACGAACGUAUCUUUACGGGCGAAUGGCUCCGGAAGGCCUCUGAUUCCGAGAAGAUGAUGGAAUCCUACCAUCAGGACGGCUGUCUUUUGAUCUGGUACCAGCUGGAUCUGAGCAGCGCCGAGCCAUUGCAAGAAGAGCACGUCAGGAGGGCUGUUGCUCACCUGUACAGGAAGGUUCCGAGUCUAAACGUAUGUUAUGGUGCUUCUGGCGACGAUUUGUGGUUCAGAAGGGCAACAAACCCAGAGAUUGAUUUUAAAGUUCAUCGGGGUUCGCAGUUAGAGGAAGUGAGAGAGUCCCUGCGCAAUCAUUCUUACAAGAGUGAAACUGGGCCGCUUUUCUGUGCUCGGUUAGUUUAUGAUUCCCCAGACAUUGCCAGUGACACCAAAGAUCUGGAGCCUUCAUUUCCCUUCAAGAGCCACAUAAUCUUUGGCCUGCAUCACGGAAUGACGGACGGGACGAGUAACAUGAAUAUUAUGGGGUUCUUCAUUUCCUUGCUGAAUGAUGUCAUUUCUGAGAAACCCAUCAACGACCAGGAAUCGUUGGGCCAUUUUGCAUCAGACGAAGAAACUAUGAACCUGAUUAUGGAAGGAAAAGCAGCGCUAGAAGAAAACCCCAAGGUGAAAAAAAAGAUCGAAGAUGAUAUUCUUUUCCAGGAUAGCCACACGCCAUUCUUGGUGAAAUGUUUCACUCCGACUGGCAAAAAGGAGCGCACGUCCUCCAUAGUGAGGGUCCUUGAUGAAGAUGUCACCUCCAAAUUUAUCCAGAGGUGCAAGCAGGAAAAAGUAACAGUUGGGUCAGUGUUCACAGCAGUUGUCAACAUGGCCAUUGUUGAUGUCUUGGUUGAAUAUGGUGUCACUGAAGAUUCGUAUUUAAUCGGGAACUUCCAUACAGUAAAUUUCCGUCGGUUUUGGAAACCAAAGCCUUCGGUGCCCCUAGGGUUACAUAUGGGCUACCCGAUCAGGCUGUUUUCGGACACCCCUAGGAAUAUUCAUCAAAAAUUUUGGGAGUAUGCUAAAACCAUUGGAGAAAGUAUGAGAGAUUAUUUGUUUUCGGGUAGAAUGUUUGCAGAGAAAGCUUACUCCAUGUUCCGUUGCAAAAGACCGUCUCAGUCCAAGGACCGCGUACCCUGUGAUUACAUGACCUCCAACAUGGGUGAUGUCACUCGCCUAGUUACUGAGGGAGGAGAUCACGUUAGGAUCACUAGAGUGGUUCGUGGUACCACGUUCCACGUGCGUCCAUACCCUGUUUUUGUUAGAUGCCAUACUUUCAGAGGCAUAUUCACUGUCAUCUUUGAGUAUAACGAAGCUAAGCUUCAGCCAGAAGUGGCAGAGAAGCUGUGUUACAAGAUAGUGAAGUUAUGUCGAGAAGUGGCACUUUGAACUUUUGCUUACCAGUGGAGUCUGGCCCUGAACAAAGAGGUAACAAAAAGCUAGCAUUGGAAAAGUUGUAUUCGUUGUCACUGACACUGAGAAUUGGUAUGGAAUAUUCAGGUACCAAUAGUACUUAUUCUUAUGUUAACGCUAGGGUUUGCAGUAACAUGACUGACUGUUGACUACUCUGCUUAUCAAGAAAGUCAGUCGUUUACCCUUUUCAUAAGUAGACUGCAAUGUCAUAAUAUCAUUUAGUCAUCUGAUAAGUGAUUCUGUCGCUCUGAAAUAUGGAAGAGACGAGAUGAAUUUGCAAGGUUAUCAUUAAAAUAUUAAAAUUAUACAGAAAUGUGGUGCUGUGUUACGAGCGAAGGUAAGUUGUACUGGAAACUGGCACAUUUCUGGCAGCCUGGUACAGCCCGACCCAAACGCUAUUCAGAUGCUGAUAUCUCCAAAAGUAUUGGAGAUAAAAGGAAAAUUUUUUGGCUUAUAAAACCUUACAUCUUUAAAUUUCAUCCCAUAAAAGAUUUAUUUGUUCAUAUGCGGAACAAAUCAGAGGUCUUAGCAGUAGGAUAAUUCUUCUAGCGCUAGCUGGUAGAAGAAUGAUACUAUUGUUAAGACCUCAGGUUUGUUAGCUAUGAAAAAUACAAAUUGAUAAAAAAAUUUGUCAUUUUUAAAAUAUCAUAAAUUAACAUAAAAAUGAUGUUUUAAUUAUUGCAUUUCUGGGGGGCCGGCACAGCACAGCCCUAACGUUAUUCAAAUGCUAAUAUCUCCAAAAGUAUUGAAGAUAAAAGAAAUCUUUUUUCGGCAUAUAAAGCCUUACAUCUUUAAAAAAAUUUCCUCCUAUAUAAGAUUUAUUUUUAAGAUAUCAGUUCACAUUGAAAUGAUGCUAACCCUUUGAUGGUUUAACUUGAAGCUUCACAAGUAACCGCCUUUAGGGCGUCCUACUGGUAAAGGAUUAUGCCACUUUUGCAUUACCCUAUUUUCUCAAAUUUUUCGCAUUCAACUUUUCCGAGGCAGCGUCUUUGGGGCAAUGGACCAUUAUGAAAAUUCAUGGGAGUGAUCCUUAUACUACCAAUAGUCUUCGGAUAAUGAACUCCAUUUUAUAUCAUGAGAAACUCUCCCACGAAAAAAAAAAAUGCAGUGCUUCAUAGUAUAAUUUAUUCGACAUGAAGUGCAGCCGCAGAAUUACAUAAAUAAAUGUUAACUAUUCUUCGAAUACUACUUUACAGCGUUGUAAGACCAGAGUAAGUACAACAGUUACUUGGUAACAGCGUUAUGCAAUUUUACUUGUUCAAGUGAUAGUAGGAUGCUUCGUAAUAACAGAUGCCAGAGGUUGCGAGAUUCCUAGGUAAUGCUUUUAGGGAAUGACGCUUUUGCUAUCCAGAAGAGCGUCACAACAUUUGGAUCUUUUCCAUCAGACAGUUCAGUCUGUUAAUGUGACUGGCUCUCUACUAGGAAGAUUAUGACAUAAAAGUAAGGGAUAAACUGUCAGUAGUGUUAGUGUAGUGAUGCUGGACUUUUCACAAGUGUUGCUAAAACGAGUAACCUUUACGACAGUCCAGUUGUUUGUGUGUGAAGCGUUCUUCUUUGAGCGUUCUUCUUUGGGGUAUGUGAAGUUCGCCGUGUUCGUGUGUCUGUGGUUCAUUGCAGUUACUGGUAAGUGCAGUGGGCUCUUCUACAAUAUCAAGUAGUUUGAUAAGGAUGAGUACUUUAUUGAUUGUGUUAUUUUUUAGGAUGAGUACUUUAUUGUGUUAUUUUUUUCUCUUUCUCUUUUGUUGUAAUUGUUUAUGUAAAUAGGCUUCAUGUAUGAUGAAUGCAUAGGCUAUAUAUAACGAAAGCUAUAGUUUUUUCACAUUUAGAAAUAUUUGCUGGUCUUGAAAUGGAAGGAAAACAAAUAGGCUAAAAUAGCACAAGGUUCAGGGGAAGGCUUGUUUGAGGGUAUGUAAAGUGACGAAAAGGAUAACAAUAAUUUUUCAGUAAUCAUUAUCCUUUGUGACCAGUGUAAAUGCAACUUUACAUUGUAAAUAUAACGUUGAUUCAUUGUUAUCACACGUAGACACACACACACAUAUAUAUAUAUAUAUAUA